AUGAACUGCACUCCCAAUGCCACCAUCACGCCACAGCUGGGCCUUGUCCUGAGCCCAGGGGCUGGAGACGGAGGUUCCCAGGACGGUGGUGGCGGUGGUGGUAGUGGUGGUGGUGGACUUUGGGUGACAUCUCUGCUUGGUGUGACUCUGAUGAUCAUGUGCGCCAUGGGUUUGGUGGGCAACACGUACACGCUCAUCAUCACACGAUCGGCCGCCUUGCGUAGGACAGGCUCCAUGUACGUUUACAUUGUCAACUUGGCUCUGGCGGACCUGCUCUACCUGUCCACCAUCCCCUUCGUGGUCUGCACCUACUUCGCCCACGACUGGCUGUUCGGUGAGGCCGGCUGCCGCAUCCUGCUGAGCCUCGACCUCCUCACCAUGCACGCCAGCGUCUUCAUCCUGGUUGCUAUGAGCCUUGAGCGCUACCGUGCCGUGGCGAAGCCCUUCAGCGCGCACAGGUCCUCGACUCGUAAACGGAGACUAGCUGCAGGGGUUAUCUGGGGGUUAGCCUUUGUGCUAACACUUCCCAUGAUGGUGAUGAUCCGCCUCAGUGAGGGGAAACCAACCGCGAGGGGUACGGUGAAAAGGAUCUGCUUCCCUACAUGGACCUAUGAUGCUUUCAAGGCUUACAUCACCGUCCUGUUUCUGACCAGUGUUUUAGUUCCUGGAUUGGUAAUCGUCGGGCUGUAUGUGGGGCUGGCUAGCCGCUACUGGGCGGUGCAGGCUAGCUUUGGAGGCAGCAGCCGGUCUGCCCGCAGGAGAGGACUCAAACAGAAAGUGGUGUCAAUGAUCUUUAGCAUCGUGGUGGCCUACUGGGCUUGCUUCCUGCCUUUCUGGGGAUGGCAGCUAGCCAAACUCUUCUCUCCGGAGUCCCUCAGUGCUUUGUCUCCGGCGGCUCAUAAUUACGUGAAUUUCUUCGUCACGUGUCUGACGUACGGGAACAGCUGCAUCAAUCCAUUUCUAUACACUCUUCUGACCCGAAACUAUAAAGACUACUUGGCCCAGAAAGGUCAGUCUGUGGGAUCGAGCAGGGCUGACGCCGGGUCAGCUGUGACUACGCCACUGCAGGAACUUUAGUGGAUGAAGAAAUCCUCGCUAGGCAUUGACACCCAAGUGAGGAAUUGGUAUUGACUGCUGGUUAUCAUCCAGAGAGAGGACAUCUGUAUUCUUGCUUCUUUGUACAUAACCGGAAAGUGUCAUAUUUGUGAGACAUUUGUAAUCUGACGUAGCACUAUCUACAAACUGAGUAAAUUCUGAGAACAUUUUAAGUUUCCUAAAGACGUUAAACCAGAGCCUUUGAGGAUUCAGAGAAAUCCAACACAGCAGGUGGAUGUUUGCUAACACAAAAGUCAGUUUGAAGGCAGACGACACAAAUGAGAGCAUUUCAUUUUUUGUUUUGUAAUAUACAACCUAAGCCUUAUCCUCACAUGUGCAGGACAGAUGACUGUUAUUCUACUCUUACAAAACACAUUUCUAUGUGAUCUUUAGUCUACAAAUACUUGGGUUCAAUUGCCAGUUGUUACCUUAAAUGCAAAGUACUUUUGAAUAUCUCUAGGGAAGAAAUGCUGGUGACACAAAUCGCAUGUUCGAUUGCUCCUUCCCUCUCCUAUCUGCCGUACCACUUUAAACACACACAUGUAAAGGAUAUUUCAUCUGCGUCAAGGGAAUGUGUUUGCAUCGUGCCACAUUCCUCAGCCUCGAGCCACGGCUUCUUUGAGUCCUCCUGCAAAUUGUCUCUGAAAGAGCUGCUUCAUCUCACCUCUGUCAUAUAUAUACUCCCUCUCUUUGCAUUAUCCUGUUUGAUUCUCUAUCACCUGCUCUAUCCUUAUAGUGCAACAACUCUAAAUCAACAACGCCAAAUUCAUGAUCAAUGAUUUCAGAUCCGAUUUGUCCUUUAGUUUUUAUCCUUAUUCUUCACGUGAUCAAUGUUUAGUACUGGUUUUA